UUCGGUACCAGAGGUUCUGGUGGAGGAACCGGCAGGAAGUGUUUUUCUGCUGAGGCCCGACAGAAGAUGCUGCAGUGUGGACCAGCGUCUCAUCAGAACCAUCCGGUACCAACCCGAUAGGUGGGCCACAGUUUGUGGUGGACCUUUGGUACCGGCACCAGUACACACCUGGUUUCAGACCCAUCCAGCAUUACGUUUGAAGGAAAAGACGAGGUUCUGACCGACCCGGAGCUCUGGAACCAGGAGAGUAAAUCCACUUUGGACCAAACAGAAGCAAAACAUCUGAAGAUGAUGGAAGAAGAAUCUCCACAGAUAAAACUUGAGGUGGAGCAAGCAGAACCUCUGCAGAUUAAGAAAGAACCAGAACCUCUGCAGAUAAAAUUUGAGGUCGAACAACCAGAACCUCUUCAGAUUAAAUUUGUUCUUGAGGAACCUGAUUCUCUGCCCAUAAAGAUUGAACGGGCAGAACCAGAACAUGUGCAAAUGAAAGAUGAAGAGGAGGAAUCAGAACCCAUGCAGAUUAAAUUUGAACUGGAGGAACAACUGGAUAAACCAGAACCUCUGCAGAUAAAGGAGGAGUGUGAUGUAGUCUCCAUCAGUCAGGAAGAACUGUCAGAUACCCUCAAGGUCAAUCAUGGUUUUAAAUUGGACCACGGAGAACCAGAACCAAUCACAGACCAGCAUAUCUCCCAGAACCCACACCAGGAAGGAACCACUGAAGAUGACUCUGGAUCAAGUGGAGCUGAAGAGAUGAACCUGAAUGAGAGAACAAGAACAGGAGAUCCCAGAGACAGAACGUCACAGAAACAUCUGAAAGAUGAAAAUUUGUCUUCAUGCUUGAUCUGCGGUAAAAGUUUCAGCCGUAGCUACAUGAGCGUUCACAUGAGGUUUCACGCAGGAGAGAAGCCCUUCUCAUGUCAGACCUGUGGGAAGAGCUUCAGCCUGAAGAGUCAUGUGACUCGACACAUGAGAACCCACACAGGUGAGAAGCCGUUCUCCUGUGAGACCUGUGGAAAAGAUUUUAAUCUGCAAAGUAACCUGAGAUCCCACAUGAGAACUCACACUGGGAUGCUUUUCUCAUGUCAGACUUGUGGGAAAAGUUUCAAUCUGAAGUGCAAUCUGACGUAUCACAUGAGAACCCACACAGGUGAGAAGCCCUUCCCAUGUCAGACCUGUGGGAAGAGCUUCAGCCUGAAGAACGAUCUGACCCGUCAUGUGAGAACCCACACAGGUGAGAAGCCGUUCUCCUGCCAGACCUGUGGAAAAGCUUUUAACCAUCAGAGUAACUUAAAAUACCACAUGAGAACCCACACCGACAAGCCAUCUUCAUGCGAAACCUGUGGAAAAAGUUUCAAAUUAAAAAGCCCUUUGAGCCAUCACAUGAGAACCCACACAGGUGAGAGGCCGUUCUCCUGUCAGAGCUGUGGAAAAAGUUUCAGCUUUAAAGGUCAUUUGACUCGUCACAUGGGAACCCACAGCUGUGAGAAGCCUUUUACCUGUUCCACGUGUGGGAAAGGUUUCAUCGUGGGGAAUCACUUGAUUCAUCACAUGAGAACCCACACAGGUGAGGAGGUGUAAUGUUGGUGUCCACGGAGGAUGGACACGCACCACAGUAACGGUUCUGGUUCUGCUGAUACGGCACGCCUCUUCGUGCCCGUAUCCUGGACGAAUUAAAUUCUUUCAUUCUGCCAUUUUCUUCUUAUUUACCUUUUUAUUGUGACUCAAACUGGCCCAAAGCCCUUUAACCCCCGACAGACCCAAGAACUGCUUUGAUUAAAAGUUAAACUUGGAUCAUUUUGGAACAUUUCUUUAUUAUUUGGACUUGAAACAGGUCAAUAGCGCCUAAUUUUAGUCAUAGUUAUUUUUAAUUGUAUUUAAUAAUUUUAUUUAGUUUUGUAAUUAUUUUAUGUGAAUAUUGUGUAUAUUGUGUAGUGCUAAUUUCAUGCUAUCAAUAGCUAUGUUUACAUGUGCAAAACUCCUUUACUGGAUUAAGAAAGAAAUAAUAAUCCUUAUGCAUUGUUUAUAUUGCCACAAAAUCCAUUAAUCUGAUCAUAAUGUGCGUUUGCAUAUCACUGUGACAUGGGCAAAGUUGCCAAAUUUCCCUAAAAGAACACAGAAGACGUUCUACUUCCCUUUGUGCUGAAAUAAAAUGCAGAAGUGUGUUGGUUCUGCAUCUUCUGGGAGCCCAGAUUGGACCUGCACCAGGUUCUAAGAGCAGAAGAGAUGCUGCUGCGCUCGCUUAUGAAGCUACAGGCUCAGCAUCUCCUGCUGUUGGUCUCGCUGCAUUAUGGGAUGCCAGACGAGAGGCACACAGGUUUGACCCGAUCCAAAUGACGUUGGUGUGUUUAGAUGGAAGCUGCUCGGAUUAACAAUCGAUGUAAACCAAACUUCUUAUUUGCAAAAAUUGAAUUUUGAUUGAACUUAAUCCGAUCACAAUAUCCCGAUGAUCGGCGCGUGGCAAGUUUUAUUCCACUGUGGGUUGAGAAGUUCUUUGAGGUAGGCAGGGGCAUGUCCAUGGAUGCAUUGAUGUGUGAGGAGGGAAACCUUGUACUCAAUCCUGGUGAAGAUGGGAAGCCAGUGUAGUGAAUGGAGGAUGGGGGUAAUGUGCUCAUGUUUCCGCACUCUCAUCAGGAUCCUAGCUGCAGAGUUUUGAAUCUACUGAAGCCUCUGCAGACUUUUUCUAGGGAUCCCAAUGAGAAGUGCGUUGCAACAAUCCAGUCUGGAGGAGACAAAGGCAUGAACCAGCUUUUCUGCGUCUGGGAGGGAGAGAAUGGGACGAAGUUUGGAAAUAUUUCAGAGGUGAUAGAAAGAGGUCUUGCAUAGGUGAUUAUUAUGGGCUUCAAAAGUGAAUUGGGAGUCCAUUUUUACACCAAGAUUUCUAACUGUUGAUGAAAGUGGGAUGUUAAUAUUAAAAUAUCAAAUUAAAUAUCUAA